GUGGUGUGGUACGUACGCAGUAAUGAACCCGUUAUCAGCGUCACUAGCUCGCGGAGACAGAAGCUGAUAACGGGUACUGUUAAUGAUGGGCAGCGGUAGUACGCCUUCUCUCCCGGUUUAACCGAACAGACCCGGAAUUCAGAAAGACGGAAACCAUGGGACAUAUUCCAGGGUCGUGUAGAUACAGCAGCCACGGAGAACACGGGUCGUUUGCUGACGUGAAACGGGGAAUAUAACCGCAGACGAAAAGAAAUCCUCAAAUACGCUCUCUCUCUCCACCAUUUUGGUUGUCGGUGAUGGAGCACAUCCGGACGCCCAAGGUGGAAAAUGUGCGUCUCCUGGACCGGUCGUCAGGCCAGAGAAAGGUCAGCACUGGGACUCUCUACCUUUCUGCCACACACACCAUCUUUGUGGAAAACAACCCUGAGACACGCAAGGAGACAUGGGUGCUGCACAGCAUGGUGAGCAGUGUGGAGCGGCCGCCCAGCACCCCUGUAGGAAGUCAGCUGAUCCUGCGAUGUAAGGACUUCCGGGUCUUCCAGAUCCUCAUCCCACAAGAGAGGGACUGUUCAGAUGUCCACACCUCUUUGGUCAGGCUGUCUCGACCAGAGAAGUACAGUGAGCUGUACUGCCUGUCCUUCAAUCCCAAUGUGAAUAAAGAGGAGAGAGAGGAGUCGUGGAAAUUCAUAGAUCUCAUGGCCGACUACAAGAGGAUGGGAGUUCCUAACAAUCUGUGGGUCUCUACAGCAGCCAACAGCGAAUACAGGGUGUGUGAUACGUACCCCUCAGAGCUGUUUGUGCCAAAGUCGGCCACACCGGCCAUCACUGUGGGCAGCUCAAGGUUCAGGAGUCGAGGACGAUUUCCUGUUCUGUCCUACUUCCACCAGGACACACUGGCAGCGGUGUGCCGGUGUAGUCAGCCACUCUCAGGCUUUAGUGGACGCUGUCAAGAGGAUGAGAUGAUGCUUCAGGCUGUGAUGAAGUCCAACCCUGGUAGUGACUAUAUCUAUGUGGUGGAUACAAGGCCCAAGCUGAAUGCCAUGGCAAACCGAGCAGCAGGUAAAGGCUAUGAGAACGAGGACCACUACACCAACAUCAAGCUGCAGUUCAUUGGCAUUGAAAACAUUCAUGUGAUGAGGAGCAGCCAGCAGAAAAUCAUUGAUGUGGGUGACAUGCGAUCUCUGUCCAUGACUGACUUUCUGUGGGGUCUGGAGAGCUCUGGUUGGCUCAAACACAUUAAAGCCAUACUAGAUGCUGGGGUCUUCAUUGCCAGGGCGGUGACUGAUGAAGGUGUCAGUGUGUUGGUUCACUGUUCAGAUGGCUGGGACAGGACGUCCCAGGCCUGCUCUGUAGCCAGUGUACUGCUGGACCCCUACUACAGAACCAUCAAAGGACUCAUGGUUCUGAUAGAGAGAGACUGGGUUGCCUUUGGACACAAGUUCUCCCACAGGUACGCCCAUCUGGAUGGAGAUCCUAAAGAGGUGUCCCCUGUCAUUGAUCAGUUUCUGGAGUGUGUGUGGCAGCUGUCAGAACAGUUCCCAUGUGCCUUUGAGUUCAAUGAGCGCUUCCUCAUUGCCAUACACACCCAUGUCUACUCUUCUCAGUAUGGGACUUUCCUGGGCAACAGCCAGAAGGAGCGCAGGGAUAUGAGGCUUCAUGAGCGGAGUCAUUCUUUGUGGCCUCAGCUGUGGUUGGACAGAGCCCAGUACACCAACCCACUGUAUAAGGCCGAGCUGAGUCAGAGUCAGGGCGUCCUGAGACCCAACACCACCCCCUACUGCUUCAAAAUGUGGAAGGGUCUCUAUAACCACAUGGAGAAAUCCACACCUCCUCAUCAGUCACCUGCUGACUUCCUGUCUGCUGUGAGGGAGGAGUCCCAGCAGCUGGAGGAGGAGCUGACCAAUCACCAGGAGAGAAUAGCAGCCCUGACAGGGAAGCCAAUCAUGUGGGAGAAGAUCGAGGUUUCGAGGAGGAGGACUAGCCGCCUGCAACAGAGGCACUGCGGGCCGGACCCGCCCACCACUUCCCUGGACCACGUCGCCAGCCCUGCACAGGACAAUGGUCACAUACUGUCUUCUAAAGCAGGCAAUCAGAAGGCUCAGACCAAGGUUCUCACCUUACCUUUAGGACCACAUACCAAGCUCAAGAGUCACGACCCUGAUGACCUCUCCACCUGCAGCGACCUGGAGUCCGGCGUGGCCGACCUCAGCAGCCGGUCCUCCAGCGGUGGGGACUACGGUAAGGACCCAGACAUGGAAUGAGGCUGUCUGUGCUACUGCCUGACUGGAAAAAAGGGAGUCCUGCCACCUGGAAGGGCAACGAGGAAACAACCACUAUAACAGUAGAUUCUAAAAAUAUGUAUCCACACACCUGGAGGGGAGCAGAGGGAGACGCUGCUGAGUUAUACAUGGUCAGUAACUGGCAGCUCUAGUUUGCCUCCUGCCUUCUCAGCCUACUGGCGGUUCAUCACUUUGUUUUUCUGACUAAUUCUGUGUUUUGAUUUUUUAAAUUUCAUUCAUCCAUUUCACAAGGCCAGAUAGGGUGCUUUUUAUGUGGACUCAGUUACUGAUCUUUGUACUUUAAGAACUGCACUGUUGCUACUGUGAAAUGGACAUGUUUCAUGAAAGUACACUGAGAUCAUGUAGGGUACAGGCCUGGUGAGGGGAGGAUCUGAUGACACACAUACAAAUACUAAAGAGAUCAGCCUCAACUUGUAUCAUUCCUUUUUCCUUUUCAAGCACAUUUCUUGCAACAAGAUGCAAGAAUCACUGGAUGAUUUCUUUCCAUCCAGUCCUCCUUCUUCUUCAGUAAGAGAUAAAAUGCAUUAUGAUACUAGUAAUAACAGUGUGUCCUCUGAGCUUUUUCAUUUUCAGGCCACCAAACGUUUUUACUUUAGGCAGUAACAUCAAAUGUCAACAUACUGUGUCUGCUACAGUCUGGACCAUGUUAGAUGUGAGGGGCCACCGGUUCACUAACACAAUAGUAAUAUCCAUAGAAGCCCAAACAAAGUCACUUAAAUAUUAAUUCUCUGUAUUUUUAAUUAUGUUUUUUGUCUAUGUAGCGGGAAGCAGAUUGAUGUUUUGGGUGCAAGGCUUUUUAGAUGUGUGUGGUCAUUAGCCUGACCCUGAAUCAGCCCUCCAUCUACACAUUAGGGGUUUCAUCACAGAAAGGAACAGAAGUCAAACUAAGUCGUUGCUGCUAGGGAACAUGUCAAAUGGAAAACACUGGGCAGCUCAGGCAAAGCCUCCUCUUGUACUCUGAUUUUAAACAGUUUCUUACCUGGGACUCCUCCAGGACUCUAUCACUGUGUAAAACAGAAACCAGCCACCAGGGGUCAGUAUGAAUUCAAUCAAUCAAUGUAGUUCAGAUUAGAAAGAUGCAGUAAACAGUGCAAACCUUUAAAAACAUGGAUUCUGUAAAGAACUUUUUCAAAAGCUGAUCUCCAGCGGUGAUGGAGGUCAGAUGUAACAGGAAGGGAGUAUGACUGGACCGGUUGGUUUCCCAGGGACAGAACUUAACCAGAACAUUGAUUACAACAAAGGCUGGAAUUUAGUAUUUUCUUUAUGUGCAAUAUAUAAUAUCACAGCUAUUUCUCCUGUUGUUUAUGUUGCAGUGUACUGUAUAACAUUCACACUGGUGUCAUAAUAUUUAUCCUUAGACCUCCUGAAUCCUUCAGUGAGAAAGUGUAAGUGAUGAAAUUCAGUGAAGCUACUCAGAUAAUGUUCUUCUCUAGACGAUGUUUGACUGAUAUGUCCUUUAGGAAGAGCUCACGUGUUUUUAGGUGAUGUGAACUUUUUUACACUGGCACAGAUGGGUUACCACCAGGUCUGUUUCAGUCUCUACACUGUCCACAGGGAUCACUCCAGCAGCACAUGAAGAAGAGUGGACCUGUCAGAGCACAUCCCAUGUUACUGUACUUAAAGCUGACAAUACAAACCCACUGUGACUCCAGAUCAAUGUGACUGACUCCACGGGUGUUGACGAGCAGUCACUGUGCUGCAAACACAUGCUAACGGAGCAGAGUGUCUUCCCGCUGAGCAGCGAGGUUCCGCUGUGGGACUGAACAAAGAAGGUGACCAAAUAUUUUAGUACAGAUAAUGUUAUGUAGUCCAGGUUUUAACCAUGAAUUUUAAGAACAAAAAUCACAUAUACACCGGAGAUUCAUACAGCCACAUCAAGGGAACAAAGGCGAGAAAGAUUUCACCGUGUUUCAUUGUUAGUGUGUGAAGCACUUUGGCUCUUACAGCUGCACUGAGCUGGCAAACAGAUUUUCCACUAGCAACAAUGACCAGCAUGUGAUGCUGUGUGAGAUAAACUGAAUCUGAUGAGCUGGACGUCUCUGGACCUCUUCUCUCUCCUAACUUUGACAUUUCACUGUAGCCUGUGAUGUAUAUGUACAUGUGUGUGGGUUCUGUAUCCAUUGAUGUAAAUGAUGUAUCAAUAAAAGGAAAGAACUGC